AUGGCGGGGGUGGUCGGGGCGAGUGCAAGGCCCGGGAGGCCCCCCGGGGGCGCCGCGAGGCCCGACUCCCAGGUGGGCCGGCGCUCCGGGGACGGGCGGCAGACCCCCAGCCGGGCCUACUCAAGGGGCAAGCGCCUGGCCAGGGACUCGCGGGCCGCCACCGAGUCUCCAAACUGGGCCCCCGACUUAUUCUCCCUGCGGGUGCGGCUGGAGGAGACCGGGGAGAUGUUCCGCGUGGCCAACUGCCGCAUUGACAUGACGGUGCGGGAGCUGAAGGAAGAGCUGGAUCUCAUGGCCGGCAUCCCCAUCAACCUGCAGCUCCUGAAGUUCCUGGACCAAGGAAUUUUGAUGGAUGAUGCCACCCUGAAGUUCUAUGAUGUCAUCCCAGGCGCAAUCAUUUCAUUGGCUAUCUGGCAUUAUGAUGGUUGGACGGAAUUGGUUUUGGCGGCGGUGGAAGGGGACCCCAGUAAGCUUUCAUGUCUUGGUAUUAGCGAGGACUCCUUCUACCGGACAGCAAACUCCCAGAAUUUUAAGGAUGAGCAAUGGCAGAAGUGGACAGCUCAGAGGGCAUUCGUAGCCUUGUACAUCUGCGCCCACAGAGGCCACAAGGAAGCCGUGAAGUACCUUCUAGAGCUUGGUGCAGACUGCCUGGGGAAAUCGCCACUGGGAAGGACACCCCUCCAUGUGGCUGCAGCCAUGGGCAGGGUAGACUGCAUCGCACCUCUGCUGGAGUAUGGUGCCUCCAUCCACGACAGCGACACCAAUGGGGACACGCCCAUCAGCAUAGCACGCCACCUGAAGCGCCCACAUUGUGCGCACAAGAUGUUCCUUCUCUAUUGGAUGACCAAGUCAGGCACCAAAGACCCCACCAACCUGAUGCUGAGAGAGGCCCUGUAUAAAACCAGUUCCAGUUUCAACAAGACCUCUAACUAG